UUUGCCUAUAAAAGUCGAGUAACACGCACAGAACGUCGUUCACCAUUCGUCCACGGGUAUCCAUUGACACUUGGAAGGAAGAACGAUAAUGAUGAAGUUCACUCUGCUGUUGCUGUUGGUGACGGUGUUUGCCGUCAACCACGAGGUCGCCGCGUGGAGGUGGCGACGAGUCGUACGGACUGCGAUUAGAGUCUACCGAUAUUAUCGUAUCUACAGGGACAUCACGGGCAAGCGAGAUAUCGCGGGCUUUGACAAAAACCUGGACGGCGUUGUGGAUCUGUCCGAGCUAGAAGAUGUCUUAUCAACCAGGGACGCUCGGGAAAUCUUGGAAAUGGCGGACAAUGAUGGAGACUCCCAGGUCACUAUGGAAGAGUUCCAGAAGGUGCUCACACAGAUGAAUCAACUGGAGUGAACCCACAAAGGACAGUUACAGAAGUCAUCAAUUAGUUCUUUCUAAACAUCCACAAAGAACUGACUGUUAAUGAUAUUCUGGCCAUAUGUGUACACAGAAAUAAAACCUGCAACAACAA